AUGCCGCCCUUCACUCUGAACCUGCUGGGCGCAGAAAGCCGCCAGCGACGAAGGCAAAUCGACCGGUCGGAAGCCCAGAAUGUCGCAGCGCCGGAAGCGAUCCAGCAUAUCCCGGCAGCAGUAGCAGUAGCGCAAGCGCAUACCUCGACCCACCAACACCAACACCAGCACCAGCACCAGCACCAGCACCAGCACCAGCACCAGCAGACCUCGAGGCCGACAAGACAUCGAGUGACGAGCCACUACAGCGUCUUCCAGACUUCCUGCACACCCUCGACCGACACACCACCUACAUACGCAUCUGCAGCGAGGCCGACCAUUGCCACAUCUCUGACCGAGGGCGCUGAACCGCUCCCGGGCUAUUCCUGCACGGUCGCGGCGGAAGCCAAGCUGCUCCUCAACCUCGAGUCGAUCAAUCCACUGUCCCCCAUUGGCGAAGGCGAGUGGAGGGAGGUGUACGUCGUGCUCAGAGGCACCCUCCUCAACAUCCACAAACCCAAGGAUGGAGGUGUCGGCAAGCUGCUGCGGACCUACACUCUGCAACAUGCCGAGGUGGGCCUGGCGCCAGAUGCACAGCACACCAUUCUUGUGCCACAAUCUCGACUAGCCCAUCUCAUCCCACACAGCGCACGGCGGAAGGCAUGGCAGAAAGACCCAGAUCUGUUCAAGGCAGUCCGCCAGACCAUCAUGCGUUUACGCGUCGAGACUGAUCAAAUCAUACUUGCCGAUUCGGAGGAGGAACGCAUACACGCCUUUGUAUACGCCCUUGCUGCCGCGAUAGAUCUUUCGCAGCCGAUCGAUGAACGCAAUAUGCCUCGACAGUGUACCGUACCGCGGCGGCGCAGGAGACAGCAACGAACACAGUUUAACGGCGCCGAUCUCACAGAUCCUGCCUUGAUCGCUGAACAGGAGCGAAUCCUCAGCCAAGUGGCUCCGCGCUUUGCCAACGCCAACAACACAGAGCAGGACGUGAAUCGCCAAGGUGUCAUGCCCGAUGUGGCGGAUACGCCUCAAACACCCACACGGGAAGAAGAGGAAAUUGACCUAUCCACAAUGCGCGAAGAGGCCAGCGAGACCGCUAUACAGUCUGCAUCACAAGCCCGACCAAUUCGACCUAGCAACAACCGUCAGACGACCAGCACCACCGUGAAAUCGACCUUCUCUGAGGACAUGAUGUACGCGUCGCCUGCAACAAACUUCAACGAAGAUGGAAAAUGGCUGCCUCCUCACCACCGCUCAGCAGCUCAGAUUCAACGCUACAUCAAGAGAUGCAUGCCUGUGCUGCUUGGAGACUCGCAACGCGCAAACGAUAUCAUCAUUGCGAAUGGCAAGCGCCUACGAAUCAACUGGCGCAUGGAGAUGCUCGAAGAAUGGGAACUACAGCCUCCGUCGUAUAAAGCACACGAAUUUGAAAAGGAGGCAGGCCUCGCAAGAUCGAGCUCCCAUCGUUCCUCGAACGGAUCAGUGAGCAACGCCGGCCAACUUUCAUCGGGCUCGAUACUGGCAGGAGAUGACGACCAGAUCAAUCAAGUUGAUCACUGCCUGGACGGCCUGCAGCUCACGAAAGUCAUGUCCGUUACCACCACCACCAACAAAGGAGAGCACAACACGUUUCCAGCAGAACCUAAGGGGCAAGCGACUCAGCAGCUUGCCCAAGAGAUGCACGGCGUCGUCUUCUGUUUUUGA